GUCUCCGUCUUUGUCCCGAGAUCAUGCCUCCUGAGAAUGGAUACAUUGUUGGUCACUUCCUGGCMAACAGAACUCUCACUUUCAACUGUAAACCCGGUUACUGGAUCCGUGGAAACCGCCAACUUGUAUGUGAUCCCAGCWCAGGAAACUGGACWGAUUGGAAAGGAAAUUUUACCACUAGAGCAACAAACUGUACAAGCCAUACGAUGCAUUCAAACAUCCUGGAAAAUMGAGAGGAUUACUACGAUUUGAUGAGAGAAUGGCUGGCUCCAGUGACCAGCAUGCCAGCAARAUGGGUACCAUGCUACCAAAGUAGAWWUCACGGWUGGUCMAGCAGCACAUUCCAUUCUCAGUGUAACAGUAAAGGYCCRACUAUUACAAUYAUMAAAGUGAAYRAAUACAUAUUUGGAGGCUAUACAGACGUCGACUGGCAUUCUGGGGGGUCUUACAGCAGAUCAGUCGACUCGUUUCUGUUUUCUUUCGUAAACCAUCACAACCUGAAGCCGUUUAAAACCAACAUAUUCGAUAUAGAYAACGCCAUAUAUGGAAAUGGUGGCUACGGACCGACAUUUGGAGACCAUGACAUAUACGUCAGUAAUGAUGCUGGWAACAACAGGAACUCCUAUACACAUCUUGGGAAUGCCUAUGUACGGAUUAAGGACUAUAGAGCUAAUUCAGGUGAAGUGAAGAGCCUUUUUACAGGAUCAUACAACUUUCAGCCUGACGAGAUCGAAGUAUUUCGGCAGGAUGACGCAGAGAUCUAAGUGGCCAAAACAAAUAUAAGCGAGUGCUUCAUCAUCGACUUGCAGCAUCCAAAAACAUAAUUAAUUGGAUCUGUCAAAAACAUCAUUUAGUGAGUUAGAUAGGCAUAAAACACAAACAGAAAAAACGCUGGACAGACCAAUAACUAGAUGAGUAGGCGGAAAAAGAAGACCUGGAAAACGAACGCCCCUAAGAUUUUAAAAUCGUAUACCCCCGAUGAUUAUAUAUAUAAUCGUCGGAUCCCAAUCAAAACCAUCAAGAUAAUUAGCAAAUACAAACUAAAUUAAUUACAAAUUUAGCACAGUCCUGCAAAUAUCAUGGUCUAAUCGUAAUUGCUUAUUACUUAUAAUUAU